CGCCCGUCCCAGGUUAGGAGGGGAGCUGGCAGUGUCCCCCCGCCCCCGGGGGGCGCUGCCGUGAGGUGAGGCCCUGGGCGGGAGGACAGACCGGGAACGGGCCCUCCCCUACCCGGCGGCUGAGCGCGGGUUCUUCCCUGUGGGAUCAGCGCCUGUCGGCGGGAAGCGCGGGGUGAGUACGAUCCGUGGGUGUCUCUGCCCCUCCCCCGCGGCCCGGCGCCCGCCGCGCCGGCGGGGCUGCCGCGGCCUGAGGAGAGGUGCCGCUGGCUUCCCCUUCGCCGAACUGCAGGGAGCGGUGGUGGCGGGCGGGAGGUGCUGCCGCCGCCCUGAGGUCGCGGCGACCCCAAGGAGCAGGCGAUGGAUGGGGAGGGCGAAGCGGAUCUCUUAAGCGACAAGGCGGCGCCGCGGUGGAAAAGGAGGUCGACCCCCCGGCCGCAGUCCCGUGCCUGGAACAAGCCCCGGCCCCAGUCGUACCAGAGCCCCAACGGGGUGCUUUUCACCGACUUUCCCGUGGAGGACAGGUGCACCUUCACCAUAACUCAGCCUUCCGGCACCGUCAGCACCUGCUUAGGCGGCAGAGAGUUCCGGAGGAGCCCCUUGUUUUUCAGAUCCAGCAUGGGAUCAGUGUCCAACGGGACGGUGCGGCCUCCAGCCCGUCAAGCGAUCUCCCCUGAGGCCUCCCAGGUGCUCUCUAUGGUCUCGAACAGUUCUGUCGGUGUUACUGCCAACGGCACCAUUACCUCACCGGGAAGCCAGCCGGGUCGGCCUCUCAGGAUUUCCAGUCAGUCAGCACUUUCACCACAGCGAGAGCGGAUUGCUUUCACGGGCAGCUCUGAGCUCUCACCUACUGGAAACACGCCUUCCUCCAGUAACAGCAACGCGGCAGCGCUGCCCUUGCAAUGCAGCCGGGUUUCCAAAAUACCAGAGAAAGUAUCGCCGGUUUCCCAGGCGAUUUCACUAGAACAAGGGGUCCCUCCUCAGAGGCCGGCAUCCCCUCGGGACCAGCCUGCCAUUCUGAGCACCAACAGCCCCGCCGCCCUCAAAGUGGGCACGCAGCAGAUCAUUCCCAAGAGUUUGGCUUCCGAAAUAAAGGUAACGAAUAAAGCCAACAGCCAGAAUGCGGACAUGAGCAAGAGAGUGCUGAAGGUCCGCAGCAUGGUGGAGAGCCUCAGCGUGCCUUUGGUUGCCGACGCUGAGGAAGAGACUGAGGGCGACUUGGAGAGUCCAGGGACCCUGCGUCGCGGCCUGAGGUCAACAUCCUACCGCAGAGCGGUGGUAAGCGGUGUGGACUUCGACAGCUCUAAUAAUUUGAAGAAAAAGAACAGAAUGUCACAGCCCAUACUUAAAGCAGUUGUUGAAGAUAAAGAGAAAUUUUCGAGCCUGGGGAGGAUAAAGAAGAAAGUGCUGAAAGGACAAGGGACGUUUGAUGGAGAAGAAGAUGCUGUAUUAUAUCAGAACUAUAAAGAAAAAGCUUUGGACAUAGAUUCUGAUGAAGAGUCUGAGCCCCGAGAGCAGAAAUCAGAUGAAAAGAUUGUUUUUCACUGUAAGCCCCUGAGAUCAACAUGGAGUCAACUGUCCAUUGUGAAGAAGAAUGGGUUAUCAGAAGCGACCAGCCAGGAAGAAAGAAAAAGACAGGAGGCGAUAUUUGAAGUGAUAUCUUCUGAGCAUUCUUAUUUGCUGAGCUUGGAGAUUCUGAUCCGGAUGUUUAAAAAUUCCAGGGAACUGAGCCUCACAAUGACCAAAACGGAGAGCCAUCACCUCUUCUCCAAUAUCACGGAUGUUUAUGAAGCAAGCAAAAAGUUCUUUACAGAACUUGAAGCAAGGCAUCAGAACAACAUCUUUAUUGAUGAUAUCAGUGAUAUAGUUGAAAAGCAUUCUUCUUCAACAUUUGAUCCUUAUGUCAAAUACUGCACCAAUGAAGUCUAUCAGCAGCGAACACUGCAGAGAUUACUAGCCACAAAUCCAGCCUUUAAAGAAGUGUUAUCACGGAUUGAGUCCCAUGAAGACUGCCGGAAUUUACCAAUGAUCUCUUUCCUCAUUCUUCCCAUGCAGAGAGUUACUCGUCUUCCCUUACUGAUGGAUACCAUUUGUCAGAAGACUCCCAAGGAUUCAUCAAAAUAUGAGAACUGCAAGCAGGCUCUGAAAGAAGUGAGCAAGCUGGUGCGUUUGUGCAAUGAAGGUGCUCGAAAAAUGGAAAGGACAGAAAUGAUGUACACAAUUAACUCCCAGCUGGAAUUUAAAAUCAAGCCAUUUCCACUGGUUUCCUCUUCACGCUGGUUAGUGAAAAGAGGCGAAUUAACAGCGUAUGUGGAAGACACUGGACUUUUUUCUAAGAGAACUUCUAAGCAGCAGGUGUACUUCUUCCUCUUUAAUGAUGUCCUCAUUAUCACCAAGAAGAAGAGUGAGGAGAGUUACAAUGUCACAGAUUAUUCUUUAAGGGACCAGCUGGUGGUGCAACAGUGUGACGGUGAGGACUUGACUUCUUCUCCUGUAAAGAACACUUCAGCUAUGCUCUACUCACGGCAGACUUCUGCAACUCACCUCUUCAGACUACUGGUCCUCAGUAACCAUGCGGGAGAGAAGGUGGAGAUGCUCCUGGGAACAGAGAGUCAGAGUGACAGAGCUCGCUGGAUUACAGCGCUUGGACAGGAUGGAGAUGGGCAGAAGAUGGACAGGACAACUUUGACUCAGGUAGAGAUCAUCAGAACCUACACAGCAAAGCAGUCAGAUGAACUCUCUCUUCAGGUUGCUGAUGUUGUUUUGGUUUAUCAAAAAGUAAAUGAUGGUUGGUAUGAAGGGGAGCGGCUCAGAGAUGGUGAAAGAGGCUGGUUUCCUAUGGAGUGUGCUAAAGAGAUCACAUGUCGUGCCACGAUUGACAAGAACAUGGAGCGGAUGGGACGCUUACUGGGACUUGAAACCAAUGUGUAGUAUUUGUGCUUCUUCAUGCUGCACUGCAGGAUUUGCACUAGAUGUUGUCAGUGGGCAGGGCUACGUCCCAUGGCUGACACAUGGAAGAUGUGGGUCACCAAUGCGAAAAACCUAGUUAAGGGAGCACUGAUAUUUCAGACACUCAUCCCUUCAUUUUGAGAGCUCUGAACUGAACCUGGCUCAACCAGUAGCAGAUUUCAGCUAUAAAUAGCUUCUUAGGCACUGGAGAUCAGUCACACAUCUUUUGACCUAAGUUUCAGUUUCAGCUUUAGUUCCUCCAUCCCUCCCUCUUCAAGUAAAGUAUUCCUUCUCCCUGGUUUU